UCGCUCGUCGCAAUCGGACGUGUCGCGCUUUCGCUGUGUAUCAAGUUAUUUAAGUGGAGUUUUUUUCUUCACCGCCGUGAAGUUUUUUUAUAUCUUUUUCGCAUCCCACUAGAAGCGAAAGAUUCGCAUAGAUCGCGUGUGCAGAGAGUAGCUGGUUCUAGCAACGCUAGUUCCAGACUAUGCAUCACUGGUUCCGCGACGCAAAAACUGCAUCAGCAUCAGCGUCGUCAUAAAUCUCCAAAAGGUUCAGCCGAACCCAAAUCGACAGGCCAAGCAGUCACCCCAUACACCGAGCGAGUAGUCUAACACACAAACGACACUAGUCAGAGCUGUCGCCGCAAGUGCCCGAAAGAUGAAAUACCUCAACCAACAGGAGGCCAUCAGCGUGGACGAGGAACUCUUCAACGAGUACAAAUUCAGCGUAGAUCAACUGAUGGAACUGGCCGGUCUUAGCUGCGCCCAUGCCAUCAACGAUUGCUACGGAUCCCCACAGAGCACCACCAUCAAACGCAAGGUUCUGGUUUGUUGCGGCCCCGGCAAUAACGGAGGCGAUGGUCUGGUGGCAGCAAGACACCUCAAGCUGAUGAACUUCGAUGCCUACGUGUACUACCCGAAACGUACCGAGAAGGAUUUGUUCGUUAAUCUGCAGCACCAGUGUGAACAAAUGGGUAUCACGGUGAGCAAGGAUUGUCCGGCCGCGGAAUGGGUUGAUCAGGAGUUUGGAUUGAUUGUCGAUGCCCUGUUCGGGUUCAGUUUCAAACCUCCGGUUCGGGAAUCGUUUGCACCGAUUAUGGAGGUUUUGAAGCACACCAAGGUACCGAUUGUGAGUGUCGACAUACCCAGCGGAUGGCACGUGGAAGAAGGUCCUCAAGAUGAAUGUAGCCUGAAGCCGGACUGUUUGAUCUCAUUGACGGCGCCUAAACUGUGCGCCAAGAAGUUGACAAAUGCCAAACACUACCUCGGGGGACGAUUCGUUCCGCCAAAACUGCAGGAAAAAUAUGCGAUGGAACUGCCACCGUACGAGGGGAACAACUUGUUCGUUAAACUUGCAUGAAUAGUUAAGAAAGUCUUCACAUUUUCAAGGUGAUUUCGGAACAUUGAAAUUUUUUGUUAUAAUCUGAAUAAAUCGUUCUUGUCAAAAAUAAA